AUGGCUUCGAGGCCAUUAAGGAAAAAGGAGUGGUUAUGUCUCAACUGCCAGACCCAGCGGCUGUUGUCCGGAGGAGGUCUGGACGAACCUCCCCUUCCUGUUCCUCACCCUUCUCCCAAACACUUGCCAAUGGGCUCACCCCGUCACCAGAUGCCAGCCAAUCAGCAAAGCCCUCUCCACAAGGCCACCAAUCAGCAGGGGCCCAGGACUGCCCAGCCGCAAAUGCAAAAAGCGCAGACGGGAAGUGGCGUGAGCGGACUGUUUGCUCCAACUGCGGCUAAACAACUAACGGACACCAAGACAACGACACCUGUGUCAUCCACAGAGACCCAGAAACCUCUGAAACCCACAGAGGAGAAGCCAAAACCCGAGCCUGAGAACCAAACUGACAAAGACACCAAAACCUCCCAGAAGAAAGGAGAGCCCAUCACACCGAUCAAGGAAAUGAAGAAGUCCAGGCACUAUGACGAUACAAAAAACAACAGCACCCAUGACUUGUCACGCAGCCCUCAGAGCCUCAGUGACACCGGCUACUCCUCUGAUGGCAUCUCCAGCUCCCACAGUGAAAUCACAGGUCUAAUCCAAGAAGAGGAGAUGAAGCUGAGCGAGAGGGGCAUCACUGGACGAGGCUCCCCACCGAGCCCUUCAGAAAUCACCAAGCUAGAGAGCUCCAUGAGGCCUUUGCUGGAGAAGAGCCUGUCUGAAGACAAGGGGGACAGAAGAGGGAGGAAGCACAGAGACUUGGAUGACAGAGGGAAGCAGCGCCCACGCUCCCUGUCAAUCCCACCAGAUUCAUACGACUCUGACGAGGAGUUGGAGGAUAUAAUGGAGGAGGAAGAGGACGGAGGAGAAUGGGAGGGUAAACGGAAGGAAGUGAAGGAGGAGAAGAAGGAGAAGAAAAACAAGGAAAAAGAGGCUGAGCCCACAGAAAUGACAGAUGAAGAGUUCAUGAGGAGACAAAUAAUGGAGAUGAGCGCUGACGAAGAAAAUGAGGAUGAAGAAAUGGAGGAAGAAGAUGAGGAGGAAGAUGAAGGAUAUGGCUACCAGAAACCCAAAAAGAGCCACCUUAAACAUGUCUCUGACUCAGGUAAGGAGAAAAGACGUCUUCAGCACCACUCCAGCAGUUUUGAGGAGGAAACAAAGAGCUCCUCUGAUGUCUAUAAAGGCUCAAUGGAGGAGGGUGAAGAUGAUUUGAUGGCACAAGGAGGCUUGAGGCGCUUCAAAACCAUUGAACUUAAUAACACCAGUAGCUUCAGCCGGGACAUGGAGCUGGGCAAUGAAAAUGACUUGAGCCUCGAUCGGGAACCAGAGCUUGAGAUGGAAAGCCUGACAGGAUCUCCCGAAGAGCGUUCUCGGGGCGACUACUCCUCCACCGUGCCAGCUAGCUCAUCCUCAUAUGGCUCAGGCCAGUCUCCUACUUCGAUCUCAUCGAUGGAAGAGGACAGUGACAGUAGCCCCAGCAGGAGGCAAAGGCUGGAAGAGGCCAAGCAGCAGAGGAAAGCGCGCCACCGCUCCCACGGUCCACUCCUUCCCACCAUUGAAGACUCUUCAGAAGAGGAUGAGCUGAGAGAGGAAGAAGAACUUCUGAGAGAACAGGAGAAGAUGAGGGAGGUGGAACAACAGAGGAUACGGAGCACAGCACGAAAGACCAAGAGGGAUAAGGAGGAGCUUAGGGCUCAGAGGCGCAGAGAGAGAUCCAAGACACCACCUAGCAAUCUUUCACCCAUUGAAGAUGCUUCUCCAACCGAAGAACUGAGACAGGCGGCAGAAAUGGAAGAGCUCCAUCGUUCAUCUGCUUCAGAAUAUUCCCCUCAGAGUCUGGACUCAGAGGCUGAGGGGUACGAGUCAAAACUUUACAAGUCAGGCAGCGAAUACAACCUGCCUACCUUUAUGUCUCUCUACUCACCAGUAGAUAAAUCAUCAACUACAACAACCACCACAGCACCAUCUUCUACUUCCAAACCUCUAAAGAGUGCUGAGGAGGUUUAUGAGGAGAUGAUGAGGAAGGCAGAGAUGCUUCAGAAACAACAGAAGCAACAGCAACAACCAGCAAGACAUGGGCAGUGCUAUGAAGAGGAUGUUAAUGGACAAGGGUAUGAGGAGGAGUAUGAAUAUGAACAAGAUCAAUCAUAUGACAAUGAGGCAGUGGAGACAGAAACAGAUAUUUAUGAAGAGAUCAGACAAACAUCUCAAAACAUUACCAAGAUGCAGCAGGCCACUGAUGAGCAAGUAGAGAUUGAGAGCUCCUACCCGGACAAGCAGCUCCUUGACACAGGCUCAGCCUUUGCUAAGCUUCUUGAGCAAAGCAAUGCUCUGCUAACUCCAGGUACAAGCCCCACCCAGGUGUCAGCUCCUGUCUCCUUUGCUGAGACUGGAGGACGAAUUCCUGAUGUCCGAGUAACACAGCACUUCUCUAUAAAGGAUGGUCACAAAGACAGGAUCAAAAGCCAAGCAGGAAAGAAUGGAAUUACUCCAGCAGUGGCUGCCACUACUAUCGCAGCUUAUGGAGUUUAUGCCAGAGAUGCAGUAACAAUUUCUCAGACCAGUACAAGUUGCACUAUGACCACUACUCAGUCAAGUAUGUAUAGUCGACAAACAGCAAGUCCUGCCACAUCUUCAACUACAGUCUCAAGUGUAUGCAGCAAGAUUGCAGAGAUUACCCAGGCAUACAGUCAAAGGGAAGUGAUCACCAGAAGGGUAGGGGAGACCAGGGAUGUCCAAGUGAGAGACAGCUCUACAUCUUCCACUGAGAGAAUCAUUGAGCCACGUUCUCCCAAGUAUACUACUUAUUACAGGAGCACCAGUCCUCCUCUUUCUCCAUCACCCCCAACAAUGAGUCCCACCCAUUCACCUUCCAGAAGGAAUACUGCUGAAUUCUCGACACAGACUUUCAGUUCAGCAUUACGAAGGUCUGAGUCAGCUGGCGCUGAGCCUACGUCUCCAGUGACUGCUCAGGGAACCCAAACAUCAAAUCGAUCAGUGUCCCCACGGCUCUAUCACCAACAGUCUUCCCAGGAUACCCCAUACUCCCCACCUCCAAGCCCUGCUAGGCCAAUGACAGUCAACACUGCUACUUCUCCCCUGUCUUCGCCCACCCGAUUUAGUCGCCAAUCAACAUUUGACAAUUACUCCCCAUGUAACAGCCCUCCAGAUACGCCACCUUACCACCAGUCUCCCACACGUAGUUUCUGCACAACACAAAGAGUGGAAAAAGUAAAUGUUGGAACUAGUAUGGUCACCACAGCCAGCCAUUACACCAGAGGAUCCAUGUCAAUGGACAACAUCUCCCUCUGUCGAAUAUCUACAGUGCCAGGCACUUCUAGGGUAGAGCAGGGUCAUAUGAUCCAAGGUGGGAGUGUCGUGGACCUCAGAACAGCCACAAAACCAGCUCCUAUUAUCAUGACUGACCAGGGAAUGGAUCUCACUUCAUUGGCCACCGAAAGCAGAAAAUAUCACGGUGGAUCAGAGGGUAGCAGGCAUUCAACAAUUGUACAGCCCAUGAUUAUGAACCUGAACACCCAGGAGAUCAUCACUCCAACAACUGUGAGUGUCACUGUGGCUGCCUCCAUGUUCAUGACCCAGCCAAAACAGCCAUCAGUCUAUGGUGAUCCACAUCACAACCAAGUGGAUCUUGGUCAGGGCAUGGGUACUGCUAUGUGUCUUUCCCAGAACAAACCACUAAUUUCCCCUCCAACUGACCCAGCAAUACCAAAAAUUGAUGCCAAACUGGAAGACCUCAGUAUCCAACAGAAAGAGCUACAAAUACAGCAGGAGAAGCUGCAGAUGCAACAACAGAUACUUGAACAGCAGUUGCAUCAGCAUCACCAGAUGCAACAUCAGCAACAAACGGCAUCUGCUUUGGCGAGGUACAGCCUUACCGGACAGAUCUCACCUUUAUUGAAAAAAGACUUGCUAGUCAGUCAGACUAGCGCUGCCUCAGCUGUGGUCAGUGCUGUAACACCAAUAAUGAAUCCUGAGCUGUAUGGUGCAGGUCCUGUUGAGCUGAGAGGAAGGCCCAGUCCUCCUGGUGUGAUAUCAGGAGCUAAAUCUCCACAUAGCAUGGUAGUACAGAUGGACGUAGGGCCAGAGAAGGCGAGGGCUGUGACUCAGCUAGUGAAGGUAGAAGAAGGACAGGAUGCUAUGGAUUUGACAGAAGGCCAAUUUAAACCUGACAACCAACCAGCUUGCUGUGAUGUUGUAUACCGACUUCCAUUUGGUGGAAGCUGUGUUGGUGGCGAGACAGAGGGCAUAAGGCCUCCAUCUGCCCCACCUCUUACCUAUGAGUCUGAUCAAGAAAGACAAUCCGGAGGGUACCUUGAUUAUCCAAUGGAUGAACGUAAGGCCUACACAUUACCAUUCCCCGGAAGGCUCCAGCCUUCGAUGUCUGAUACAAACCUUGCUGAAGCUGGGCUACAGUCCUACCACUCCAAACUAGAACCACACAUCCAAACUUCAGCAGAACUUGCUAUGGAUCUAACUGCUAUGAAACAAGGUUAUGGAGGGUUCAUAGGGUUGCAAUAUGGCUCCUAUACAGAUUUACGGCAUGGAGGAGACAUCACAGCCCAAGCACUGCCUAUAAGGAGAUAUAAUUCCUUGUCUAACAUCAGUUCAGACUAUGGCUACUCUGCUCGUGACAUUGCUGGCUUCCAAGAAGCGAACUUGGCUCAGUACAGUGCUACAACUGCCAGGGAGAUCAGCCGUAUGUGUGCAGCACUCAAUACCAUAGAUCGAUAUGGAAGCAACCCAGACUUGAUGCAGUUUGGUAGUUUGGGGAGAGGAACUGGGCCUGGGGCUGCCAGGCUCGCAGCAAGUCUUGGCAUCAGGCCAAACCUUCUUUUUGGAACAGACGGGAAGCCAAUUUCCCACAGUCAAGCACUAACCAACCUUAUCAAUGCAAGGCAGGCUAGUCUCAGGGCUAUGUACCCUACUGCUAUAAGGUCCUCUGAUGGGAUGAUUUACUCCACCAUUCAGACCCCCAUUGCUUCUACACUUCCCAUUACAACUCAGCCUGCCUCUGUUCUUCACCCAAUACUGAGGGGGGUCUACAGGGCAUACCCCUCUGCCAACAUGACACCUGUGCCCCUAUCCAGUCUCAGCAGACUACCAAUGAGCCCCAGAGUACCCUUAACCGGACAAGCUCCAGUCCGUUACCCAGCUCCAGGUCUUCUCCAAACAACGUCAAUCGCUGCCACUACUGCUGGUGUUGCACCAGUAGGUGCCCCAGUGUAUAUUUCUUUGACAACUACAAGCUCUACAGUCCAGGAUGAACCAGUUUACCUCGGUAGAGGUGCACCCUCAUCAACAGAGGUCACCUCAGUACAAGGAGUUGUCAUACCAAUAGAGCCACAGCAGCAGCCUAUAAACCUGUCCCAGGCCCACCUGAACAGUCAACAACAACAACAGCAACAAGUGGCAACUGCUCAACAGCAUCCUCCAGCAGCCUAUGCCUACCCACCCUCUGCUCCUUCACACAGUCACGGCUACAGCCAACCUCCAGCGGGCCCCUCUGCCCCAACUGGUGGCUUACCCAUUGCAGGGGGUCUUCCUUCCUUCCCUCCACCAGGUGCCGUUCAUAAGGAGGGUGAAUCCGAGGCAGAGAGGCUACAUCGGCAGCAGGAGCAGCUUCUGCAGAUGGAGAGGGAGCGCGUUGAGCUGGAGAAAUUACGACAAUUGCGCCUGCAGGACGAGCUGGACCGAGAAAAGAUGGAGCUGAAACUGCACAGGGAGAAGGAGCAGAUGCUGGUGCAGAGAGAGUUAAACGAACUGCAGAACAUCAAGGACCAGGUUCUACAGCAACAGCAACAGGAACGCGAGAAACAACUGGUUCUCCAGAGGGAGCAGCUGGCCCAGCAGAAGUCCCAGCUAGACCAGAUCCAGUCUUUACAGCAUCAGCUCCAGCAACAGCUUGUAGAGCAGAAGAGGCAGAAAACAGCUUUAGCUCAGAGCAUGCAGUUGGAUGUGAAUGAACAGCCUUUGCCCUCCUUCACCGACUCUCAGGCGGGCUACCGUUCUCUCCCCAACUCCUCGUCCGAUAUGUGUCUGAGGAGCCAGCAGGAGCCCAUGGAUACCAGGAGCAACAUGAGGAAACACAGCUCCAUGACCAGGCUGAGUAGAGACAGCUUGGACGGAGAGGGCGUGGUGUUUUACGGCUCCCCCCGCAGGAAUGUGGACAGCUGUGUGCAGACAGACGAUGAAGAUGGAGAGGAGAG